AUGGAAUUGGAGGAGAAUAGUAUAGAAAUAGACAAGAAAGGGGAAAUGAAAUUGAGACAACCACUUCUUGUGAAGAACAGGAGAAACCACACCUCUCAGCAUGCCAUUGUUGGUGCCAAUAUCUGCCCCAUUGAAAGCCUGGACUAUGAAAUCAUCGAGAAUGAUCUUUUUAAGCAGGACUGGAGGUCUAGAACGAGGGUUGAGAUCCUUCAGUAUGUUUCCCUCAAAUGGACACUUGUGCUCCUUAUUGGGCUAAGCACUGGGUUAGUUGGGUUUUUCAAUAACCUAGCUGUAGAGAACAUAGCUGGUUUCAAACUUUUUCUUACCAACAACCUCAUGCUUCAGGAAAAGUAUUAUCGGGCAUUUGCAGCAUUCGCUUGUUGUAACAUGGUCUUGGCUGCUGUUGCUGCUGCUCUUUGUGCCUAUAUUUCCCCUGCAGCAGCAGGCUCUGGCAUACCUGAGGUUAAAGCAUAUCUCAAUGGUGUAGAUGCUCAUUCUAUAUUGGCUCCAAGUACUCUCUUUGUAAAGAUUUUUGGUUCUGUAUUUGGAGUAGCUGCUGGGUUUGUAGUGGGUAAGGAAGGACCUAUGGUACACACUGGGGCUUGCAUAGCCUCUUUGUUUGGACAGGGUGGCUCUCGCAAGUAUCAUUUGACCUGGAAAUGUCUUAGGUACUUCAAAAAUGACCGGGACCGACGGGAUCUGAUUACCUGUGGUGCUGCGGCUGGUGUUGCAGCUGCCUUCCGUGCUCCAGUUGGCGGUGUCCUUUUUGCACUAGAAGAAGCAGCUUCAUGGUGGAGGAGUGCUCUUCUCUGGAGGACAUUUUUCACAACAGCUGUUGUAGCAGUAUUGCUAAGAGGUUUCAUAGAAUUUUGCAAGGGUGGUAAAUGUGGACUAUUUGGCGAAGGAGGCCUUAUCAUGUUUGAUGUCAGUUCAGCAAAGGUGGCCUAUAGCAGUACUGAUCUUCUGGCAGUCAUAUCUGUAGGAGCCAUUGGAGGCAUUUUGGGAAGCCUUUACAAUUUCCUUGUGGACAAAGUCCUUCGAACGUAUAGCAUCAUAAAUAAGAGAGGUCCUUCAUGUAAAAUUUUGCUCGCCGUUACCAUUUCCCUUUUGACUUCUUGUUGCUCUUACGGCCUCCCAUGGCUUUCACCGUGCAUUCCUUGUCCCCGUCGCCUGGAGGACCACUGCCCCACCACAGGUCGCUCUGGAAACUACAAGAAUUUCCAGUGUCCACCUAAGCACUACAAUGGCCUGGCCUCACUCUUUUUCAGUACCAAUGAUGAUGCUAUCCGCAACCUUUUAAGCUCUAGCUCUGAUGGGGAGUUCCACCUCUCCACUCUGUUCGGUUUCUUUGUUGCGGUGUACUGCCUGGGCAUUGUCACUUAUGGUAUUGCUGUUCCCUCUGGUCUCUUCAUCCCUGUUAUACUUGCUGGGUCCUCCUAUGGGCGCCUUGUCGGGACUCUCCUUGGUUCUCACUGUGAACUUGAUGCGGGUCUCUUUUCCCUCCUUGGAGCCGCCUCCUUCCUUGGUGGCACCAUGAGAACGACUGUUUCUCUCUGUGUCAUACUUCUUGAGCUUACUAAUAAUCUUCUGAUGCUUCCACUAAUGAUGUUAGUUCUCCUAAUUUCGAAAAGUGUGGCUGAUUGUUUCAACAAAGGUGUCUAUGACCAAAUUGUGAAGAUGAAGGGAUUGCCUUAUAUGGAGGCGCAUUCAGAACCAUACAUGAGACACUUGGUUGCAAGUGAUGUUCUCUCCGGUCCCUUGGUUUCAUUUUCUGGGGUGGAGAAAGUGGGGAAUAUACUGCAUGCACUUAAAACAAGAGCGCAUAAUGGGUUCCCUGUGAUUGAUGAGCCACCUUUCUCAAAUGCUGCAGAGCUGUGUGGGCUGGUUUUGAGAUCUCAUUUACUUGUGUUGCUUAAAGAAAAGAAAUUUACAAAACUCAGGGUGUUGAUGGGAUCAGCAGAUCUUAUGGAUAGAUUCAAAGCACAUGAUUUUGGAAAGGCGGGAUUAGGCAAGGGGGUUAGGCUGGAGGAUUUGGACAUUGAGGAGGAAGAGAUGGAGAUGUAUAUUGAUCUCCAUCCCAUUACUAAUACCUCCCCAUACACUGUAGUUGAAACAAUGUCCCUAGCUAAAGCUGCCAUUUUCUUUCGGGAACUUGGCCUAAGGCACUUGCUGGUGGUGCCCAAGACACCAGGGAAGCCUCCGGUUGUUGGAAUCUUGACAAGGCACGACUUCAUGGCAGAGCACAUAUUGGGACUCUACCCGCACUUCAAUCCUCACGAUUAUGAAUACUCCUUCAAACCAAGUUCAAUUGAGACUAGAGGCAUCUUGAAGUUUCAAAACUGUGGGUGGUCCUUGAGAGUUCUGAGCACUUCAGUCAUCAUCUUCGGGGCGGCUCAGUGGUUUCAAGACGUGUGUUAUCCUUCCUCAAGGGUCACUCUGGAGCUUGCUGUGUUCUCUAAUUUGGGUUCUUCCGCAACCUUACUAAAUUGUCAAACUCAACAAGUAACCCUGUCCAGAUGCGUGCAGUACAUAUUUAUUUGA